AUGAUAUAUGGGGAUUUCCUUAAAUAUGGACAGGGCGUAGUAGAGAAGUGUACAAAGUCGAAGGGGUGCCUUUUGUACUUAAUCCUUUUCAGGCUGCUUAACUGCUUAGUGGUUCAGACGUCCUUCUUUCCAGAUGAGUAUGCUCAGUCUAUUGAAAUUUCACAUUAUUGGGUUUUCGGUUAUGGGCAUAAACCCUGGGAGUGGGAAUCCUGUAUAUCUCUGCGAUCUGUUGUGCACCCCUUGACGUAUGCCAUUUUAUUUUAUGUUUUGAAAAUCACACAGUUGGACACCCCCCUCGCGGUUUUGUACGCCCCAAGGAUUUUUCAGGGGCUCUGUGCGGCGUUAGGCGAUUAUGGGAUGAUCAAGUUGGUUACGCUUUGGUAUGCGCAGCUGUACAGUGGGGUGGGUGGCGGUGUGAGUGGUGAAGGGAACGGAAGAGGGAACAUCUCCCCCGUGUGCGCAGUCCUAAUUUGCCACUUCCUCUGCUGGUUCCACUUCUACACCAUUUGCAGAACGUCCUCUCAGUCAUUCGAGUGCAUAUUGAACAUAUGGGGGGUAUACUUUAUCUCGAGGAACUACCUCUCGGGUGUUCCCGCCAAGGGGGGAAUCACAAUUCCCUGUUCGAGUGAAAGCGCAAAGGAUAAACAGAGCAACCAAGCGACAGGAGGAACAACGGUUGUGCGGAGGGGCGUCCUUCGCAGUGAUGAAAGAUUAGCACAAGAGUACCACCCUCCCAGCAGUAUCAUCGGUAGUGAUGAUGCAUGGAUGUUUACUCCCGCAGGGGCAGCAGAAAAUGGAAGAACUCCACACCAUGCUGGAGGGGACGAGGCACAUAAUCAGGAUGAUGCUUCCACAACUGGGUAUUACUCCUCCCAUCAGUGUGUCCCUCACAACGGCACCACAGCAGUGGACAAGAUAAAAAACGCACAUAUACGAAAUCUUUUGCUGAGCCUGUUGUGCAGCUCCUUUUGUGUGUUAAUAAGACCGAACGCCGCCCCAUUUUGGCUAUGCGUAUAUUUUCUGUACUUGGUGAAAAGCGCCAAGGAGCACAAGGAAGAAGCUCUGCGAAUGGAGCAAGUGCUCACAGUUGGCAUAUUAUACACUCUGAUUUUUUUUCUCCUGGGAAUGGUAGCAGAUUCAUAUUACUACAAGAAAAUAACGAUUACCGUUGUGAAUUUUUUUCUAUAUAAUUUUGUAAGUGGACAAAACAGUUACUUCGGGGAGCACCCCAUUCACUUUUACCUCUCCUGUGUCAUCCCAUCCAUAUACCUUCUCUUUACCCCAUUUACCUACUACGCCUUUUUCCAUUUGAUAAGAAAUAUAAGAAAGGAAAGAAGAAGAAGUCUGGUCGAUGCAGUUAUAAACAGAAUAGAUCUCAUUGUGUACGUGGCUACUCUUUUGGAAGUCCUAUCAUUAUCACUUAGUGUUCAUAAGGAGCAUAAACUUCUCAUCGGGUUUUCUUCUUCAUAUGGUAUGUAUUUUCUUCUUCAGUAG